UUUAAAUAAUUAAAAAUAAAUCCCUAUCUAAAUAUUCCGCGUUGAAAUUAAAAGUUAGUGGACACCCAAUAAACCAAAAGUAUCAAAGUCUCCUUAAUCCUUCCUGGCAAUUUGGUAAUAAAGUCAAAUAUCAGGGGCAGUUAACCACCCACCUCUACUUAUAAUACAACUGGCCUUCCCCAUUAGCACUUGUCUUCACAAAAUUUUUACAGAAAUUAGCAGAGGUUCAAUCUCGAAAAUACACACACAAAAGGAAAAAAAAAAAAACGAGACAAAUUACCAAAAGGGCAUUUGGAAAAAUGGGAGUUCCUUCAUGUUUGGUAAUUUUUCUUCUUGUUGGAGCAGCUUUUUUGGCUUCAAUGGCGGCGGCCGGAGAAAGUGGAACCUACGAUUGGAUGAUGCCGGUGAGAUCUGGGGAAUGCAAAGGCAGUAUAGCAGAAUGCAUGGCUGAAGAAGAGGAGUUUGAGCUUGACAGCGAGUCGAACAGGCGCAUUUUAGCAACGAAAAAGUACAUCAGCUAUGGUGCGCUGCAGAAGAACAGUGUACCUUGUUCACGCCGUGGAGCUUCGUACUAUAACUGUAAACCUGGUGCUCAGGCAAAUCCGUACUCUCGUGGAUGCAGUGCUAUUACUCGUUGCAGAGGCUAGGUGGAUCCAACAAAAAUCAAAGUGUAUUUUUCUCGUAUAUUGAAUUUUUCUUUUUCUUUUUUUGGAGAUGGGUUGUUUGGUAUACAAAUUAUGAUGAUGCUCUUAAUGGGUAUUGAUUGUUGUCAUAAAACUCUUUUUUUUAAUUAUUUUUUCAUUUUUUUUCCCUCUUUUGAUGAUGUUUUUAAUUAUAUACAGGCUUAUAGUAACUGAAUUUGUCUGUCAAUAAUUCAAUUUAACA